GUUAGUCGCUCAUCCAUCCAGCAGGCGGCGGUAGCUGCCGCGCUGCUCCCCGUUGCAGCGACGCAGUUAUAAAUGCAACGCAGAAGAAAUGGCUUGGCGCAGCAAACAACUUUACAUGCAUGUGGAAGGGGCGUCCUGCUGGCUAGAAACAUAAAGAGAUGCACCCAGUCAACUGAGAGAACGGAAACGAGAACUAAAUGGGAACUCGCUGAUAAGGGAGGGCUCGAACUCUUCAGUCUGUUAAAAAAUCAGGGAAGGUCAACAUGUCUCCUCGAGGGCCUUUAACCACCGUCAUAACAACCGUUGUGGGGGCAGCCUUAGGCGGGCUGCUGGUAUGGCAGGUGUAUCGAACGAAGCAGAAGAAGCCGUCUUCUGUCCGGGAGGCUAAGGAACCGACUGUCCCCCUGCAUCCCGUCGAAAAUGCUCCGGCGCACGCGGAGAGUCGACAAACCCAGCCGCCGCGCCUGGCUGUCGACGAGUUUAAAACGGCGGAGUGUCAGAACGAAAACGUGCCCCCCGCUGUCCGGAUCCCGACGUGCGAGCAGCUGCUGGCGGUGAAACCGCUGACGGUGAGCUCCGAGGAGGACUGGCUGGAGACGUGGCCGCUGAUGCAGAAGGAGCUGUCGGUGUUCCCGGUUCUGGGGCUCGACUGUGAAUGGGUAAAGGCCCAACGCGUGUCGGUGAAAGGCAGGACUUCGGCGGUGUCUCUGCUGCAGAUGGCCACCUACUCGGGUCUGUGCGUCCUGGUGAGGCUGCUGACGUUCCGCCGCGGCCAGCAGCCGUUCCCGCUCAGCUUCGUGGAAGUUCUCAGGGAUCCGCACGUUCUGAAAGUUGGAGUGGGUUGCUAUGACGACGGGAAGCGUCUGACGCGCGACUACGGCCUGUCCCUGGCCGCCACCGUCGACCUGCGCCACCUCGCCUUCAGGGAAAGGCGAUCGUCUGUCAGUAACGGCCUCAGUCUCAAGUCCUUGGCUGCAGAUCUGUUAAACGUACCUCUGGAUAAGUCUCUGGAGUUGCGCUGCAGCGACUGGGAAGCGGAUCAGUUAACUCUAGAGCAGACGACGUACGCCGCCAGAGACGCUCAGAUUUCCGUGGCGCUCUUCCUCCGUCUCCUCGGCCUCCCGACCGAAACCGGUCCCGCCCUCUCCAGCGGGAGCUCCUACUCGGAGCUGGCGUCCCGCUGCCAGGGCCUGGUGGACGUCCCCUUCAGGGGCCGCGGGGACGGAGACGACGGCAGCCCCGAACGCGAGCGGAGGCGGAGGACGCGGAAGCCGGCGACGAACGACAGCCCAGAGUCUGGAGAUCAGCAAGUCCCAGACCCUCGGAAGAACAACCGGAGGAAAGCGCUGGGCGUCGGCUACUCCGCCAGAAAGUCUCCGCUCUACGAUAACUGCUUCCUGUACGCGCCUGAUGGCCAGCCGCUCUGUACGUGCGACAAAAAGAAAGCCCUGUGGUACCUGGACAAAGGAAUCGGAGAGCUGCAGAGUGAAGACCCCUUCAUCGUGCGGCUGCUCUUCGAGCCGUCGGGGCGGCCCGACUCCCAGCAGGACUACUACCUGACCGCGAAGGAAAACCUCUGUGUCGUCUGUGGGAAAGCAGACUCCUACAUCAGGAAAAACAUCGUACCGCACGAGUACCGGCGACAUUUCCCCACGGAGAUGAAGGACCACAACUCCCACGACAUCCUGCUGCUCUGCACCGGCUGCCACGCCGCCUCCAACGUGCACGACGGCUUCCUGAAGCAGCAGCUGGCCAACGAGUUCGACGCCCCUCAGGGCUGCGAGGAGGGCGUCCGGCUGCUGGAGGACCCGGACCGCCGGCGGGUGCGCUCGGCGGCCCGGGCGCUGCUCAGCGCCAAGGACGGGCUGCCGCAGCAGCGGCGGGACGAGCUGCAGCUGCUCAUCAGGAGCUACAUGGACAUGAACGAGGAGCAGGAAGUGACCAAUGAGGCGCUGCAGGAGGCCGCCGCCCUGGAGACCAGGAUCCUGAACGAGGCCUACGUUCCUCACGGCCUGAAGGUGGUGCGCGCCCACGCCCAGCGGGGCCUGCGGGGCCUCAUGGAGCUGGAGCGGCGCUGGAGGCGGCACUUCCUGACCAGCAUGCAGCCUCGCCACCUGCCCCCUCUCUGGUCCGUGGACCACAACCACGGCAAGUUCCUGCGCAAGUUCGGAGAGGACCUGCCCAUCAAACUCCACUGAGCCGCGGCGCCACCACCUCCUCAGAGAGACGAGCCAAGAAACACAAAACAAACCAAAAAAAACCCAACAACCUGUGGUGAAGAAGUAACCCGGCAAUUUGAAAAAACACUAACCUUUCAGCGUCUUGGUGGAUGUCUUUUUUUUUUUAUUCAAUUUAAUUUUUGAAUAAAAAAUUAAAUUUUUUAUUCAAAAAACUUCUUUUCAUACCAAGUUAUGAAAAGAAGUUAUUAGAUUUAAAAAAAAAGAAAAAAAAAACAAUCAUGAUCUGAUUUUUAGCUAAAAGCUGCUGCCUGCUCUUACUUCCCUCUCCUGUCGAUAAGUGAAUCUGUUUCCCCUCCAUGCAGGCGAGCAGCAAAAAGAGCCAACCGGUUAUGAGAUUUCUCCUUUAGUCUAUUGUCUGUUUUGGGUCAAUAGAAGAUUCCUUAAAACGCCUUGAAAUCAAAUGAAUCGCUUUAUUAUUCUAUUUUUUUUCUAUCUGUCUGUACCAGGAGUUUGGUUUCCAGAUGUUUUUUGGGGGGGCGGGGUUUGAAUGUUUUUGAGCAGAUCAAAGCUGGCAUCCAUCCAAUCCGUCCUUCACGUCCCAGGCGUCUCCGUCCCGCCGCCGGGUCUCCGAUUUGUCGGGCGUCUUCAUGGCUCAUGUUUUAGUGCGCCUCUUAACCCGACCCGGGCCGAUCGGAGACUCGCCCGGGGGCGCGACCCUUCGUCGCUUCUCUUUCUCGUUUGUUUUUCAGCAGCGUCAGCACGACGUGGUUUCGUCCGCAAGUAAAAGAAAAAAACUUUUUUUCCCUGGACGUGACCGGGCGAACUUGAACCCCUCACCCCGUCUUAACAGGAUCAUGAAUUAUGUGAGGAAAAUGUUUAAAUCGCUCAUAAGCGUCAAAGCUUGGGGCUUCUUUUUUUUUUUCUCUCCAAAAAGUGAAGAAAUAAAUGUUUGUAAUAAA